UUGUAUUUAGGCUGGUCUUCCUAUACCUUCAAAAAAAAAUGUUUUUUAGUUUCAAAGAUGCAUUUUAACUACAAAAUUCAGAAAGCUUCAUUUUAAAUGAUAACAACAAUAACAAAGAUCUGUAUAUAAGUUAGCAUUUACUAACAGUGGAUUAAAGAAAUAUAUAUCACUAACUUCUAUUUAAUUAUAACUAAGAUAAACAAAAAUCACUCAGACUAGGGUCUCCCCAGCAAUGUAAAAAAAACAAAAAAAAACAAACAAACAAACUUGUGAACUGUGCUGGACAACUGUGAGGAAAUCAUAGAGCAAAGUUUUCAGUGUGUGUACAGAAGUGCAGUGCUUGGGGAAUCGGCAAUAUCAGUUAACAAGAAGCAGAUUGUUAUGUAACAGAGAAGCUGCAAAUCCCUCUGCCCUGUCUUAUAGCAGAAAGGCACCACAGUGCCAUCUACAGCCUGAUGCGCGCGCCGUUUCCUAGCGACCAUGCAAUAAAUACAAGCAAACAGACCUAAAGGACAACUGUUAGCUAACUUACUUCCUGCAGGUGCAUUAAAACCCAGUGCCUUUAGGACAGAAUGGGGAAAAAAAUAAAGAAAGAAGCUGAACCACAACCCAAACAUGCAUUUGAACCUCUGCCUAUUGAGAGCAAGAAUGCUGCGACAGUGAUUCUCAUGCUACAGUCUCCUGAGGAAGAAGUGCUUGUCAAAGCCCUUGAAGCCAUUUAUAGGUUUGCAGAGAAAGGUGAUGAGAACAAGAGCUCUCUGAUGGCUUUGGGGGCAGUGGAACCCCUCACAUGCCUUAUAACACAUGACAGUAAAAUUGUUUGCAGAAACGCUUUCACGGCUCUGGGAGUCAUGGUUUCGGACAAUGAUGUCAAAAGAUUGGUCAAGAGACAAAAUAUUAUUCCAUCUAUCAUCACCAAACUGGCACCAGAAGAAGACGUUGUUAUCCAUGAAUUUGCCACUCUGCUUUUGGCACAUCUGUCUGUGGACAUGACAUGUAAGGUUCAGAUUUUCCAUAAUGAUGGACUGGAACCUCUGCUUCAUCUACUGUCCAGCCCUGAUCCAGAUGUAAAGAAAAAUUCUGUUGAAUGCAUCUACAAUCUUGUUCAGGAAUUUUCUAGUCGGGUUGCAGUGCAUAAAUUGAACGGACUCCCACCGCUACUGGAGCUGCUAAGCUCUGAAUUCCCCAUCAUUCAGCAGUUUGCUCUGCGCACUCUGGAGAGCACCAGCAAAGACAGAGACAGUCGCACAGCAUUCAGAGAACAGCAUGGAUUUGCUCGACUCCUGGAGUUUCUCACAAACAAAGAGUUUAGUGACCUCCACGUGGAAGCUCUGAAAGUCAUCUCAAACUGCAUGGAGGAUACUGAGUCCAUGCAGCUGAUUCAGGAGAAUGGAGGCCUGGAGAAGUUGCUGCAAUUUCUCACUACACCCACUGCUCAUGAUAUCCAGGCUACUGCGGUUAAAGCUAUCAGCAGAGCAGCACAGAGUAGUGAAAAUCGAAAGAUCCUACAUGAGCAAAACAUUGAAAGGGCCAUCACUGAAUUGCUUGCAGAGGAGAAUGACAGCAUACGUACUGCUGCGUGCCAGGCAGUGUCAGCCAUGAGCAAGAACCAGAGCAGCAGUGACACUUUCAGACAGUUUGAUGGGAUCAGACUUCUUGUGCAGCUGCUGAACAGUGAGGGUAAUGAGGUAAAAGAGGUUGCAGCAGAAGCCUUAUCAAGCCUUACCUACGGAAACCGGCUGAAUGCAUAUGCUGUUUAUGAAGCAGAAGGAGACAAGCUUCUUGUCCAGCUCCUACAGAAUGGCUCUCCUCCAGCAGUAGUACAUGCAACAGCUGUUCUGAACAGCAUGGCUUCACAGGAAGCGCUCCGCUGUAGCAUAAUCUCCCACGGAGCCAUGCAGGCACUACUGAAACCCCUCCACUCCACUGAUAAACCCACACUCACCAACGCCACUCAGGCUGUAGCUGCACUCGCUUGUGAUGCAGAGGGAAGGACUGAGUUAAAAAAUGUUGGAGGUCUGCCCCAACUGGUUAACCUGCUAACAUCAAAGGAUGAUGAUAUUCGCAGAAAUGCAUGCUGGGCAGUGUCGGUGUGUGCUAAUGAUGAGCCAACAGCCACAGAAAUGUGCAGAUUAGGGGCUUUGGAAAUCCUCCAGGAGAUCAACUGCUCCAUGAGCCGCAAGAAUAAGUUCAGUGAGCUAGCCCUGCAAAGGCUCUUGGAUAGUAACCUCUCGGUAAAAUACAGCCUUACAGGACGUCUCUUCCCCACUGAUAUCACUACUGACGGAUUCUAUGAUCCAGGACAGACCAAAGAUGGUCAGAGGGUUCCUGAUCUUGAAGAUAUAGCAAAGCAGGUUAUCAACCAGCAUCGAGCCACCAUAGCAGUUAAUGGAAACCCCCCAGCUGAGAUAAUUGCUGAUCCACACGAGAAGGUGAAGCAGGAGAGUCCUACAGAAGCUCACAUCUCGUCUGUAAUGAGCAGCAAAGGGAGUGUCAGAACAACUAGUAAAUCAAAAGCCAAAGGGUGGCAGGAGGAUGAGAAUGAGAAAAACGAGGAUGAGCGUAAACCCCAGCAGGAAGCUGUAGUAGAGAAGCCAUGGACACUGCCAUAUGAUGCCCAGUUGAACAAUCUGAUCAAAGAGUCCUUCAAAUCUGUUCUGCCCUUAAAUGAUGAGGUGGAAAUGUACAGUACCCUGGCUAAGUUGGUGUGUGAUGCAAUGGGUGGGCCGGUAGAUAUCGAGAAACAGCAUGAUUUUCUUUGGGAGCUUCACCUGAGUGAGCUGAAGGUUGAGAUGCAGUCAAACAUCAUUCCCAUUGGCAAGAUCAAAAUGGGAACCUACUACCACAGAGCCUUACUCUUUAAGGUUUUAGCAGACAGAAUUGGCUUGAGCUGCAGUCUGGUCAGAGGACACUACAAUCGUGCCUGGAAUGAAGUUCUGCUCCCUUCCACCACCACAAGAGCUACUGGAUUUUACCCUCAUCUUCAGACUUACAUCAUAGAUCUCAUGCACAAACCUGGAACCCUGAUGAAGUGUGGCACACCUGCUGCUGUACAGUACCAGACAAUCUGAUAAAAACACAUUAGUUCAAAGUUUACAACUUUUACGAUAGCCAUCUCUGCUCUAUGCUACAUUCAUCUAAUCCUGUUCAAUCAACAAUUCAUUCUCCAACUGACCUAUGCUAUAUUUUAAUAAUUCACUGAUAUUUCAUUCUGAUGCUGAAAUAAUUGAAUUAAAUAUAUCAGUAUCUGAUCUCACUAAUGCUUUUCGGUCUGAAUGAGUGAAAUCCACAAAGCCAUGCUCCACAAUCUAGUGGAAAGCUUCCCAGAAGCGUGGAGCAAGGGGAGGUGCCUGGAAUUAGAUAUUUAAAACAUAUCAGUGUUAUGUCCGUAAACUUUUGGCCAUAUAGUGUAUGCCUCCUGAAGGACAUCCCACAUCUUUACAAGCUGGGUAUAUCUCUUAAGAGUUUCCGAUUCAUCCCAAAGUAGUUCAGUUGUUUUUACCAGGCCAGCCUCAUGGAGCUUUUUGAUCUCGAGACAUGGCUUUAACUUCAACAAAAUGUUCCAAUCGAUCUGGGAUAUUCUGAUCUUGUAUUACAGUUUUCACUUGCAAGAACUUGGUGGUUUAGAGUAUUUGGCUAAGUCUAUCUGUGUUGCUUGAACAAAAGUUACAGAGCCGUAAUCAUCUCAGUUACUAACAUUAGCAAGCUACUGUGAUUAACUUGUGAUGCUUGGUAGCACAGUUGGUGACAAAACGCUUACAGGUUAACCCAAAAGUUGGCAAGCCAAAUAAUUCAAAAAAGAAAGUAUUUGUAAUGUGUGCAGUAAUUAUUAAACAACAACAAGAAAAUAUGUUGUCUAACGGUGUGUAUUUAUCAUAAUUUCAUAAUGUGUGACACUGUCAAUAGAUCAGUUUAAACAUGUCAAUUCACAUGAAUGGGAAGUUUCAGGUGAUUUAGGUUAUCUAGUUUUACAAUCAGGCAUCAAUAAAACUAAACAUGAAUAAAGAUAAAAUCAAAGUCACAU